UAAAGGCAUCAGGAAAUGAAUGGACAAACGGUUAUGAAAGAAUCUACACCAUUGCACAAUUGAACGCAGCCAGUAAUUUUCAUCAUGUCAUUGUCAAAUAAUACCAAUUUCCAUCCCAGUACUUUUCUUCUCCUUGGUAUCCCAGGGAUGGAGGCCAUCCACCCUUGGCUAUCAGUGCCCUUCUGCCUCGUCUACCUGAGUGCUCUGCUGGGAAAUGUCUCUAUUCUAUUUAUUAUCAGAACAGACUCCAACCUGCAUGAGCCCAUGUACUUCUUCCUCUGCAUGCUCUUUGUGGCUGACUUGACCAUCUCCACUACUGCUAUGCCCAAAAUCCUCAGUAUCUUUUGGUUCCAUGACAGAAAGAUCUAUUUUGAAGCCUGCCUUGUACAAGUGUUUCUCAUUCAUUCCCUCUGCAGCAUGGCCUCAGGGUUCAUCUUGGCCAUGGCCUUUGACCGGUAUGUGGCAAUCUGCAAUCCUCUGAGACAUUCUACUAUCCUGACACAUAGAGUCAUUAGGAACUGGGGCAUGGCUAUUGUCUUCCGUGGGGCUUUGCUCUUCAGUCCUCAACCCUUCAUGCUUCACUGGCUUCCUUAUUGCAGAACUAAUGUCAUCCCUCACACUUACUGUGAAUUUAUGGCUCUGAUCAAGCUUGCUUGUUCGGAGACCAGGAUCUACAGAAUAUACAGCCUGACUGCUGCCUUCCUUACUGGAGGCUUAGAUUUCAUAUUAAUUCUAUGUUCCUAUGUUGUCAUCCUUUACUCUGUCUUCCGUCUUCCAUCCAAGUCGGCUCAACUCAAGACCUUGGGCACUUGUGGAUCCCAUGUGUGUGUGAUCUUAGUGGCCUAUACUCCAGCCUUUUUCUCCUUCCUCACUCACAGGUUUGGGCACCAGGUGGCUCCUCAUAUUCACAUCUUUGUGGCUAACGUCUACCUCCUUGUUCCACCCGUGGUGAACCCAAUGAUCUAUGGCAUAAGAACCAAGAGGAUCAGAGAACGAUUCCUCCAAGUUUUGACUUCCCACAAAUUUUAAAACAACCAACUCUUUCCUUAAUAAGUUUCUAUUACUUAUAGUGGGGAAAAAAAGCCAUUAACCCUCUUUCUAGAAGCCUAGAUCUGUAUAUGU